AUGGCUCAGCCGAAUACUCUAACUCCCGCUAAAGUCGAACUCGAGGAUGAUCCUCAUCGUGCUGCGCUGGAGGAUAAUCCCACUACUCAGCCGAGAACGGGAGCCCGAGUAUGGAUUGCAAUCUUUUCAAUGGCAUUAUCCUUCGGACCAGCCGUUGGACUUCCGUUUGUCUGCGUUGCCAGUAUCGUUGUGCAGAUCACGAAUGAGCUGGGAGAUGCAAGCCAACUGCCGUGGGUUGUUGGAGCAUGGUCUCUCUCAACAGCCUGCUCUUUCUCCCUCGGUGGUCCGUUUAGCGAUAUCUUUGGCCGCCGAAGCAUCAUCCUUGCAGGCCAAAUCAUUGUCUUGAUCGGUAAUAUUGUGGGAGGCACUGCUCAGAACACUCAAAGCAUAAUUGCAGCCGAGACUCUCGUGGGUCUUGGUGCUGGUUUUGUGUUUGUGGCGUAUGCAGGUGUGCCUGAGAUGCUUCCUAACAAAUGGCGGUCUUUGGGCUUGGGCAUCCUUGAGGGAGGAAUUGCCCUUCCUUGGGCUGUUGUGAGCGUUCUUCUUGCCAACGCCAUGUACAAGUAUGCGACGUGGAGGUGGCUCUUCUACCUAGCCAUCAUUGUGCAGGCCAUCUCCUUGGCUGGUACCGCCUUGUUCUACUGGCCAACAACGCACCCCCAGGGAGAUUUCGAGAAGUCACGCUUCACUCAGUUCCGAGAAAUAGAUUGGAUUGGUCUUGGUCUCUUCACUUCCGGGCUCGCUGUAUUCCUGAUCGGCUUGACCUGGGGAGGCACUGCCUCACAUCCAUGGAAGAGUGCCAGUACAAUCGUACCUAUUGUCCUCGGGCUAUUUACCAUUGUCGCUGCGUUUAUCUACGACUUCUAUUUUGCCAAAGCUCCUAUGUUUCCCCUCAAGCUCUUUUCUACAAUCCGUGGCUUUCUUCUUGUUAUCGUUGUCUUAUUCAUAUCGGGAAUGAACUACAAUUCCCUUUCUGCUCUUCUGCCCCAAGGCUCUCUUUACAUGUUCACCACCGACGGCAUUGAGAUCGGUGUUCUGGCCCUCCCCAACACUCUGAUGCAGGGCGUCUGUGGUUUUCUGGUUCCUCUUUUCUCUCACAAGAUCGGUCAUAUCAAAUGGCAGUUUGUAGCCGGUACAGCAUUCCAGGCCAUCUUUAUCGGAGCCAGCGCUGCGACUGUCAACCCGAACCACAAACUCGCCUGGGCAUUUGUACCAGCGUUUGGUGUUCCCAUGUUCGUUCUUUGCACCAUCUUGGGAUAUUCCAUCGCUAGUCUACAUGUACCUCAUUCCCAUCUGGGUCUCGCCAUGGGCCUUCUUGGUACUUUUCGUUCAGCCGGCGGUGCCGUUGGAAAUGCCAUCUUCAACACCAUCUUCCAGGAUAAGUUCAAGACUUAUUCUGGCGAAGAGAUCGCUCGUGCUGCACUCCAAAGUGGACUCAAUGCCACUGAUCUAGGACUCAUUAUCCCUGGGACUAUCCAGCAUAACCUCGGUGUCCCUGGCGCCCUCGACGCCGUCCCCGGCAUGACUCCUGAGAUCCAGGAUGUUCUUCGCCAUGCAGUCAGACAGGCAUAUGGCCGUGCGUUUCAGUUUGUGUUUUACAUCACCAUCGCCUUUUCAACCGUUGCCGUUAUUUGUGCCCUGUUCGUCGAGGACCCCACAGCUUUCAUGACGAAUCAUGUUCAAUCGGCCAUGGUUGGUCGAGGUCAUACCGGCGUUGUCGAUGGAACUGCCCCAGUCACAAGUACAGACGAUAAACCUACUGAGAGCCAUGAUGAGAAGAGUGAUGGCAAUACUGCAGGUGGAGUAAAUAUGGCUUGA